CAGCAUGAACAACGAGGACAACACCACUGCUACUAAACUCCCAACAUAAUCAUGUCGAAACUAGUCCAAUAAAUGUAUUGCUACGUACUAUCAAGCUAGCACGUUGUGUCACCAGUCAACCGAACUUGACAGGAAAUCGCACUCAAACAUCAGCACCCAUGGCACCUCCUCUAAAGGCAUCCUGUAAUUCAGUGUCUUUCAACCUUUUUUCAGCCAAGGCACAUUUUUUUCAUAAAAAAAAUACGGCGGCACACCACCAGCAGAAAAGACGCUACAGACCAACUGGAGCAGAAAGUGGUCGACUUCUUCAUCAACGCCAAGAAGAACAAGCCAGAGUGGCGAGAGGAGCAGAUGGAGGUCAUUAAAAAGGAUUAUUACAAAGCUCUGGAAGACGCAGAUGAGAAAGUCCAGUUGGCCAAUCAGAUUUAUGAUCUGGUGGACCGGCACCUGCGCAAACUAGACCAAGAACUGGCCAAGUUCAAGAUGGAGCUGGAGGCCGACAACGCCGGCAUCACAGAGAUUCUGGAAAGACGAUCUUUGGAGAUGGACAGUCCAUCUCAGCCUGUCAACAACCACCAUGCCCACUCACAUGCCACCGUCGAAAAGCGGAAGUACAGCGCCACAACACACCACACGACAGAACAUGUUCCCGAGAAGAAGUUCAAGUCCGAAGCUCUGCUUUCUACGCUGACCUCAGACGCCUCAAAAGAGAACACGCCAGGUUGUCGCAGCAGCAACAGCAUGUCAUCCUCUGCGAACAACAUUUACAGCGUCAACUCCUCACAACCUUUGACCUCCUACAGUCUCAGCUCACUGCCUGCCGGCCCUGGGGCGGGGGCCGGUGCCAUCACCAUGGCGGCCGCUCAAGCCGUACAGGCCACUGCUCAGGUGGAAAAAUGUGUGCGUGUCCAGAUGAAGGAGGGUCGCAGGACGUCCAGUCUGAAAGCGAGCUACGAGGCCAUCAAGAACAACGACUUCCAGCUCAGUCGAGACUUUUCCUUGUCACGUGAGACCUCGCCGUACCCGUCUUCCGCAUUGGCAUCCACGCUCACGCAGACGCUCACCCCUGCCGCCGCCGUGGCCGCUACCACCUCUGACUCCCGAGGCCGCAAGUCCAAAAGCAGCGUCAAGUCUUCCAACCAUCAGUCGUCUUCAUCGUCAUCCUCCUCCUCGCUGUCGUCCUGUUCGUCCUCGUCGGCGUUGGCCCAGGAACUUUCCCAGCAGGUGUCUGUGCUGCCUGAGGCCGAGCCCAAUAGCCAAGUGGACUGGACUUAUGACCCCAAUGAGCCGCGCUACUGCAUCUGUAACCAGGUGUCGUACGGGGAAAUGGUCGGCUGCGACAACACAGAUUGUCCCAUCGAGUGGUUCCACUAUGGCUGUGUGGGUCUUAGUGAGGCGCCCAAAGGGAAGUGGUACUGUCCUCAGUGCACGGCCGCCAUGAAGCGCAGAGGAAGCCGCCACAAGUAGACCGCAAAAGAAAAAAGUCCAACCUUGUUGUUUCCACCUUUUUAACACAAUAAACCUUUUCUUUGUA